CAGGGGGGCACCGCUGGGACAGCAGUGUUGGCGGCGAGAAGUCAAUUUUCUUUUCUAUACAAUCCAGAAAAUACUAUAUUUCUUCGGUAACAAAGAAAAGAUGCUCAGAGCGAUGCAUUACUCCCCGUUGGUCAACCACCUCAGUGUUGCCCCAGUGUCUGAAGAGGAUGAGGAUGAUAAAGAAUGUGAAACCUGUAGGUCAACGGGAGCCGGUGAGAACUCUUCUGAUAGCAGCCUCGGUGCUGAGAACAUGUCCCGACCCCCAGGCAUCAGCAACGAGGAUUUCUGUGAGCCGAUACUAACCGAGGAGAGCAAGGUGCUGCCAGGGAAGCAGAUUAAACAGAUCUCCAUGCACUUUCCUCCAAGACUCGCAGCAUGCACUUGGACCCUGGCGUACAGCACUAUGAAUCAUGGAACCAGCCUGAGGACCCUGUACAGAUCCAUGCAUGGGCUGGAUUGCUCCACAUUUAUAGUCAUUAAAGGUACCGAUGACCAGGUGUUUGUUGCCUUAUGUUCCAGUCCAUUGAGGGUCAGUGACUGUUUCUAUGGCACGGGGGAGACUUUACUUUUCUCUCUCUCGCCAGAACUUCAGGUAUUUAAAUGGACAAGUGAAAACUCCUUCUUUGCCAAAGGGAAUCUAGAAUCGUUUGCUUUUGGGCGAGGGAGGGGUCUUUUUGGAUUAUGGCUGGAUGGAGACAUCUAUCAUGGAAGAAGCCAUGCAUGUGAUACUUUUAACAAUGACAUUUUGUCUAAAACAGAAGAUUUCUUUGUGCACGUCUUGGAAGUCUGGGCUCUUAAGUGACGAAGUGUGAUACAACAGAAACGGAGUCACAGGAUCAGUUUUGUUCCAUGGAAGCCAGCACUGAAUACAACGCUUACUGUACUUGCAGAGAGGUAAAAGCAGGAUUUGAAAUUGUGACAAUUCCACGAGAAGACGGUGCAACAGGUGUUAUUGUACUUUUUAUAAACAGUAACACAGUAUGAGCCAAAAUACGUACAAUAAGUUUCUGAUCUAAAGUUAUAUGCUUCACUGAAGAGGGGAAGACAGCAAUACAAUAACCGCACAACCACUUAUUCAAUGCUGUAACACUCUCCAUGCAAAUUGCCAUUCAAAGGGCUUGUUCAAGAACGGUAGCAAUCAACCUUGCAAAUUCAAUGCUUAUAAGCGAAUGUGGCAGAAAAGAAGUUCUUUGCAGCUUGUGUUUUUCUGGUUAUUCUUAUGGUAAUAUAAAAAUGCAAUUUGUUCAAUUGGAAUUGAUUUACAAUUGAAAUGCAGGGCAUUAUUGGCUUUAAUGUGCAAAAAAUUUGCUUGCAGUUUUGCUUUAUAAAUUGCUCUACAUAGCUUGGGCCUCCUAAGCUGUCUAAUAGUGUGCUUAAUAAUUAUAGAUCACUGCCAUAGAGGGCUGCAUGGAAAGCUGUUGAGCACCACUAGCACUGUAAAUGAUUAACAGAUUUCUGUUUUUAUCAAAGAGCAGUAGAACCUGUCUUUCGUGCUCAAAAAUAAACACAUUAAAUAUUUUA